GACAACGAGGACAUCGUUGCGGAAGCUUCGUCUUUUAAACGCGGGUUCAAGUAACUGAUCGACGAGGCAGUGCCAAGGGGAAUUUAUAUUAUCAUCAUCAUCACGCGUGCUGCCCACUUGAUCAUGUGCCACCGUCUACUCAGAUUCGUAAAACACACCGCAUGCGGUCAUAAUUCCUUCCAAAACGACUCCGUGAUCGACUGUCGGUCUAGCGACUGCAAGAUCAGCAGCCAUCAUCGAUCACCCUGCAACCCUUGUAUUUGCCGCAGAUACUACGGGCAACCCCAACGACUAAUCACCCGAGAAGUUCCCGACAAGUGUCCGCAAUGUAAAUAAUGCAAUCGACGGCUUCAUUACUGCGUUGUACACC